AUGGAGGACAUUCCAACCCCCAAGGACACGGAUGUCCCUGGUGGCUACCCAGAGACACCGAGUCUCGCCUCGGAGCCGAGCACCCCAGGCUUAGCACACUAUCAAGAAUCCGAGGGGGCAGCAACACCAACCCAGGAGCACUUCCCACCCACUGUAGCAGCUGCUAUCCCAGCCGUUACAGGGCGACAAAUCUCUCCAAGCCAGCCCCCAUUGCAGCAUCGUACUACCGGAGAAUACAUCACCGCAGCUUGGGCUUCCGGAAACCAACCUACUCGUACUGCUGAGCCCGCCAACCAGGCCGAGUCGAUAUUGUCUUCCAGCAGCAGCACGAUCUCCGUCAAACCAUCACCGAGAGCAUUGGAACACAGCCAUGUCGCUGCCGAUCAGCUCAAGGAAGAAUCAGAGCAUAGUGACAGUAGCAGUGCUAGCCAAUCCCCCCUGGGGCAGAACCAAAGUUCGCACUCAGAGAAACCCCAAUCUAUCCAAAGGGAAAAGUCGGCCCAGAACAGAGACGAUAUAUUCAAGACUCUUUCUCGGCGCCGGACUAAUAUGUCUAACGCGGACAAAGAGGAGCUGAGAGAAGAGUCACAGGAGAUUGAACGUCUACUAUCCCGGAUGUUUGGCCAGAAACGCCAGGAGCAGAGUGAAGACGAAAAGACAAGGCACAGUGGAGUCAUUUUCCGAGACCUCACUGUCAAAGGCGUUGGGCUAGGCUCGAGCUUACAAGCGACAGUUGGCGACAUAUUCUUGGGCAUCCCACGAAAAAUUUCCAAUCUAUUUAGAAGCGGCCCCAAAGCAGCCUCUGCCAAACCACCCGUACGUGAGCUCAUCAGCCAUUUUGACGGCUGUGUCCGCCCCGGCGAGAUGUUGCUUGUCUUGGGUCGACCUGGCUCUGGCUGUACCACUUUUCUCAAAGCAUUCUGCAACCAGCGCGCUGGUUUCCAGGCCGUCGAGGGCGAUGUCAAAUAUGGAGGAGUGUCCGCUGAAGAGAUGUCCAAGCGAUUCCGAGGCGAGAUCAUCUACAACCCUGAGGAUGACCUGCACUAUGCUACUUUGACAGUACGGAGAACUCUCUCUUUCGCUCUGAAGACUCGGACACCCGGGAAGGAAUCGCGACUCGAAGGAGAGACUCGACAAGACUAUGUACGCGAAUUCAUGCGUGUUGUCACCAAACUCUUCUGGAUCGAGCACACCCUGGAUACGAAAGUGGGUAACGAGCUCAUUCGUGGAGUCUCCGGUGGUGAGCGAAAACGUGUGAGCAUCGCUGAAGCUAUGAUCACUCGCGCAUCUAUCCAGGGCUGGGACAACUCUAGUAAAGGACUUGAUGCCAGCACAGCUUUAGAGUACGUCAGAGCUAUCAGAGCUAUGACCAAUAUGGCUGAUGCAUCCACCGCUGUGUCUUUGUAUCAAGCGGGUGAAUCCUUGUUCGAGCUCGCCGACAAGGUUCUGCUUAUUGAUGGCGGAAAGUGUCUCUACUUUGGAGAAAGCCAGCAUGCAAAGAAGUAUUUCCAGGACCUGGGAUUUGAAUGCCCCGAGCGCUGGACGACUCCCGACUUUCUCACUUCUGUAUCCGAUCAGCAUGAACGGAGUAUUCGCAAGGGCUGGGAAGACAGAAUUCCUCGUACCCCGGACGAGUUCUUCGAUGCAUACCGCCGAAGUGAUGCGUAUAAGAGGAACAUUGCCGAUAUGGAGGACUUUGAAGCUCAAACCAAGACACUAAACGAAAACCGCGAGCAACAACAAUCGAAGAAAACCUCACAGAAGAACUUCACCAUCCCAUUCCACAAACAGGUUCUGGCCUGCACACAACGCCAAUUCUUCAUCAUGAUCGGCGACAAGGCGUCCUUGUUCGGUAAAUGGGGCGGCCUUGUAUUCCAAGGCCUUAUUGUGGGCAGUUUGUUCUUUAACUUGCCAGCCACAGCCUCUGGAGCCUUCCCGCGAGGAGGCACUUUGUUCUUCCUACUACUGUUCAACGCUCUGCUCGCUCUGUCGGAGCAAACCGCUGCUUUUGAGGCGAAGCCGAUCUUGUUGAAGCACAAGGCAUUCUCGUUUUAUCGCCCGGCCGCAUACGCUAUAGCUCAGACUGUCGUCGACGUUCCCAUGGUCUUCAUCCAAGUGACUAUCUUCAAUGUCAUCAUUUACUUCAUGUCGCACCUUGCAAGGACGCCUUCUCAGUUCUUCAUUUGCACUCUGAUUCUCUGGCUAGUCACCAUGACUACAUACGCCUUUUUCCGGGCCAUCUCCGCCCUCUGCAAGACUCUCGACAUUGCGACAAGGUUCACUGGUCUCGCGAUCCAAAUACUCAUCGUGUACACGGGAUAUCUCAUUCCCAUUACAUCCAUGAAACCAUGGUUCAGUUGGUUGCGCUGGAUCAAUUUCAUCCAGUACGGUUUUGAAUGCUUGGUCGCCAAUGAAUUCACUGGAUUGGACCUUGACUGUGAUGCGCAAUUUCUUGUUCCUCGAGGGCCAAACGUCAGCUCGCAAUACCAAUCGUGUGCAUUGAGGGGCAGCAAACCGGGCCAAACCUUCGUGGAAGGGGCUGCGUACAUCCAGACAUCUUUCACAUACACUCGUUCGCACCUCUGGCGCAACUUUGGGAUUCUCUGGGGCUUCUUCAUUCUUUUUGUCGCCAUGACAGCACUUGGGUAUGAACUCAUGAAGCCCAAUUCUGGAGGUGGUGCAAUCACGGUAUUCAAGCGAGGCCAGGUUCCCAAGAGAAUAGAGAAGAAUAUUGAGACUGGUGGCAGGGAGAAGAGCGAUGAAGAGUCAGGCCAGUCUGCUGUUCACCCUUCUUCUUCCAUGGGUAAUGGGAUGGAUGAUGGUAAGGGCACAAAUGAACAGACGCUGCGGCAAGUGGCUAAGAACGAGACCAUCUUCACCUUCCAAGACGUGAACUACACCAUUCCAUACCAGAAGGGUGAACGCAAGCUGCUCCAAGAUUGCCAAGGCUAUGUCCGCCCAGGCAAAUUGACUGCCCUUAUGGGCGCUUCUGGUGCCGGGAAGACGACUCUGCUCAACGCCCUUGCUCAACGCACUACUACUGGUGUCCUCACUGGCCAAUUCCUCGUUGACGGACGGCCACUGCCCAAAUCUUUCCAACGUGCCACUGGAUUUGCCGAACAGAUGGAUGUGCAUGAGCCGACGGCUACGGUCAGGGAAGCCCUGCAGUUCUCCGCACUGCUCCGACAACCCCGCGAGGUCCCUCGCAAAGAAAAGCUGGACUACUGUGAAACUAUUAUUGAUCUAUUGGAAAUGCGUGACAUUGCUGGCGCGACAAUCGGACAAGUUGGCGAAGGACUGAAUCCUGAGCAGCGCAAGCGACUCACUAUCGGUGUUGAACUUGCUUCAAAGCCCGAGUUGCUCAUGUUUUUGGACGAGCCAACUUCCGGCCUUGAUUCUGGCGCCGCCUUCAAUAUUGUUCGCUUCCUUCGCAAGCUCGCCGAUGCUGGCCAGGCCGUUCUGUGUACGAUCCACCAGCCUUCUGCUGUUCUUUUCGAACACUUCGAUGAACUGCUUCUUCUCAAGUCUGGAGGUCGCGUCGUGUAUCACGGACCUCUGGGCGAAGACAGCCGGGAGCUGAUCAAUUACUUCGAGUCCAACGGUGCUCCAAGGUGUCCAAAAGACCGUAACCCGGCUGAGUAUAUGCUUGAGGCUAUUGGUGCUGGUGAUCCAAACUAUCAUGGUCAAGAUUGGGGCGAUGUCUGGGCUGGCUCCCCAGAGCGAGACGCUCGCUCCCGUGAAAUCGAGGAUAUGGUCAAGCAGCGUAAGAAUGUCGAGCCGUCUCAGAGUCUCAAAGACGACCGCGAAUAUGCUUCGCCCUUGUCUUUGCAAACAUUGACUGUCGUGAAGCGCUCGUUCGUUUCAUACUGGCGCAAGCCGAACUACAUCAUCGGCAAAUUCUUCCUUCACAUUCUUACUGGCUUGUUCAACUGCUUUACGUUCUGGAUGCUUGGUUACAAGAGUGUUGACUUUCAAAACCGUCUGUUUUCGAUUUUCAUGACACUGACGAUCUCACCGCCACUCAUCCAACAGCUACAGCCAGUUUUCAUCCAGUCGCGCAAUCUUUUCCAGUCGCGUGAGAAUAAUGCGAAGAUUUACUCAUGGUUCGCUUGGGUAACGGCAGCCGUCAUUGUAGAGAUUCCUUACGCUAUCGUCGCAGGUGGCAUAUACUUCAACUGUUGGUGGUGGGGAAUCUUUGGCACAAGAGUAUCAAGCUUCACUUCUGGAUUUGCAUUCCUGCUCGUGCUUCUGUUCGAGCUUUACUACGUCAGCUUCGGCCAGGCCAUUGCUGCCUUUGCACCAAAUGAGCUCGUUGCCUCUCUCAUGGUACCGAUCUUCUUUCUCUUCGUUGUCAGUUUCUGCGGCGUAGUAGUUCCACCUAUGCAACUGCCCACAUUCUGGCGCAGUUGGAUGUACUGGCUUUCUCCAUUUCACUACCUUCUUGAGGGUCUACUUGGGGCCGCUAUUCACACGCAGCCGGUCGAAUGCGCCCAGGAGGAGUUUGCUCAAUUUUCCGCGCCAGACGGACAGACCUGCGAACAGUACACAAAGGACUUCAUUGCACAGGCCGGAGGUUAUGUUCAGACAGGAGCGGAUGGCAUCUGUGAGUUUUGUCAGUACGCUUCUGGCGACCAAUUUGGCAGAGGCUUCAGUGUCUACUACGACCAUAUCUGGAGGGACUUUGGCAUCUUUUGCGGGUUUAUUGUGUUUAAUUACGCCGUCGUUUAUUUUGCGACUUGGUUGAAAUUUAGGGGAAAGAAUCCAUUCAAGAAGAGGACAACUAAGACAUCAAAACAUUAG